GAGGGGCAGGCAGUGAGGAGGAAGAGGCUUUCAGCUGAGUUUCUAAAUAAAGUUUCGGUGAAGAUGAUGGAGAUGAACGACACGGAGCUCCUGCCGUCCCCGUUCGGCUUCGAGAGGCGGUUCGAUGAGCGCGGAGCGAUCCGGUGGAUGCAGGAGAACUGGAGCAAGUCCUUCAUGUUCAGCGCGCUCUACGCCGCCCUGGUGUUCGGAGGCCAGCACUACAUGAAGCCUCGACCCAAACUGAAUCUGCGGCUGCCGCUGGUGCUCUGGUCGCUGAGCCUGGCCAUCUUCAGCAUCAUCGGGGCGGUUCGGACCGGUUCCUACAUGAUCCACAUCCUGAGAUCCAGCGGCUUCAGAUGCUCCAUCUGUGACCAGAGCUUCUACAACGGACCCGUCAGCAAGUUCUGGGCCUACGCCUUCGUCCUCAGCAAAGCUCCAGAACUGGGUGACACAGCCUUUGUGGUGCUGCGGAAGCAGAAGCUGCUCUUCCUGCACUGGUACCACCACAUCACAGUGCUGCUCUACUCCUGGUACUCCUACAAGGACAUGGUGGCCGGCGGCGGCUGGUUCAUGACCAUGAACUACGGCGUGCAUGCCCUCAUGUACAGCUACUACGCAGCGCGCGCCGCCGGCCUGCGCGUGCCACGCCCCUUCGCCGUGCUCAUCACCAGCGCCCAGAUCGCCCAGAUGGUCAUGGGGCUGACGGUGAGCGGGCUGGUCUACCGCUGGAUGCAGCAGGGCGACUGUCCGUCGCGCGUCGAUAACAUCACCUGGGCCACGCUCAUGUACCUCAGCUACCUGCUGCUCUUCUCCAACUUCUUCUACCAGACGUACCUGCGCCCCGCCGACAAGGCCAAGACCCAGUGAGGCCGCUGGGAGCCGCGGGCCGGACCGGGUCCAGAGGAAGCUAAAUGUUUAUGUGUUUUAUGGACUGAAGGAGCUCCGGUUCUGAUCCAAAUGGGUCAGAAAAUUCCCCUUUUUUUCUGUAUUUAUUUGUUCUGAACUCAUUGAUCCGAGCGAGAUUACCUGUUAGCAUGUCUGUUAGCGGGUCAGAUGACUGGUCGGGUCACCCCCCUUCCCCCUCACACACACACUGUUUCCUGUUCAGAGGUAUGAAGGAUCCUGAUUGGCUGCUGGAGGCCUCCUGAUUCACCUGAACGUUCCUUAAAACGGCCUCCGUUGGAGGCGGUUCUGAAGUGACUGUAGAACCGGGUCAGAGUUCUGGUCACCAUGAUGAACCUCAGAUCUCACUGCACUAAGGCUGUUCUCUGGAAGGGGGGGGGUUAUGCUCGUUUAUUUAAUGAAAUUUAAUAAAAUAAGUUUUUACAUUUGUAA